GCUGAAUCCCUCAAUUACUAUUGAUAAGAGCGCGGCGAGUCAUUUGAUUAGAACAACUCAAUUUGGCGAAGAGCUAAUUCAGUAGCAUUUCAAGCUUAACAAUGGCGUAUCAGAAUUCCGGAAUGCUAUCGAAGGAUCAACUGCUUCACCUCUUUGAUCAAUUCGCUUAUCUCACUUCGCAGCCUGAGGUGAAACAACGGAUUUCUGAUGCCGUCAACGAUAAGCAGGAAGCUGUAGCUGUAACUACUGCAAUUCAAGAAGAGAUAUUUUCCGAUAUGGGAGUUGAUCCACAAUUUGGUCUGGCUUGCUUGGGGAAAGUAAACAUGACCUUUGAGAAUGAUCAAGACUUGAUGAUUCAAUUUUAUGGUUUUGUAGCAAAGGAGGAGAUAGCUUGUGAGGAAGCAGAGCUUGGUCCAGAUGGAUUUGCAGAAAGAAUGGAAAUGCAACAUUAUUUAGAAGAACAGCAACUGGAGAUGCUGAAGCACAUGCGCAAAUUUCACCUGGAUGAUCAGUCUGCCAUCCUUGAAAAGAUCCACCAGCAGAUGGAGAAUACCAACUUUCAACCUGAGGCAUCGAUAUUGUCAGUUGACCACAUACAGGACAUUGUUAAACGAAGGGUUUCACCUCUCUUUCAGCCAAUAUGACGGUUUUACUUGUCUUGUGUAGACGCUGUACUGUAAAAUUUAUUUCAAUGAAGGAUCAAAAGCUUCGUAUUCUGCUUGUUGCUGGCGAUAUGUAAACUUGAAUCACCCCUACCCCUGUUUUAUUUUCGAAUUAAAUGAGGAAUCACUACGAGCAUUUCGUUUCUUAA